GAUAAAUACGGGUGUAGUCUUGAUUUUAAAGGCUUUUGUUGAUCAUGUUGAGAAGCAACACAUUGCACUGCUGAGGCUUAAAGAACAGGAAACAUCAACUCGUUUGAGCGGCUGCUAGUUGCGGAGGUUUCUGGGCUUGGAUGAGAGCCAGGCAGCAGUGAGCGGCCACAUCCUCCAUCAGCGCAGCCAUGCCGGCCCCAGCAGACAUUGUGAAGGUGGCCAUCGAGUGGCCGGGGGCCUUUCCCAAACUUAUGGAGAUUGACCAGAAAAAGCCUCUCUCAGCCAUCAUUAAAGAAGUCUGUGAGGGGUGGAACUUGCCAAACCCUGAAACCUUUGCCCUGCAGAAUGCUGACUCAACCAACUUCUACAUCACUGAAAAGAAUCGCAACAACAUCAAAAACGGCUCCAUUCUGCGGCUUACUACUUCAGCUGCCCAGAUGGCCCAGCAGCUGCAUGAGCGCAUCCAGUCUUCCAGCAUGGACAUGAAGCUGGACGCUCUGAAGGAUCUGGCCAACUCUUCACGAGACAUCACCUUUGCUCAGGAGUUCAUUAACCUCGACGGCAUCUCACUGCUCACACAGAUGGUGGAAAGUGGCACAGAACGGUAUCAGAAACUGCAGAAGAUAAUGAAGCCUUGCUUUGGUGACCUGCUCUCCUUCACACUGACGGCUUUCGUGGAGCUCAUGGACCAUGGCAUUGUCUCCUGGGACACCUUCUCUGUGGCCUUUAUCAAGAAGAUUGCCAGUUAUGUGUGUAAAUCUGCCAUGGACACUGCUGUACUCCAGAGGUCUCUAGCCAUCCUGGAAUCAAUGGUGCUCAACAGUCAAGAUCUCUACCAGAAGGUGGCUCAAGAAAUCACCAUUGGCCAGCUCAUCCCUCAUCUGCAAGGGACAGAUCAGGACAUUCAGACUUACACCAUCGCAGUGAUUAAUGCGUUGUUCCUCAAAGCCCCUGAGGAGAAGAGACAGUUUGAUGAGGACAAUGUGAGCAUCCUUGAUUGUCCUCUUACAGAGAUGGCCCACAUUCUAGCACAGAAGCAGCUGCGCUCAAUCAUCCUCAGUAAUGUGAUCAGGAGUAACAAACCCAUAAAUGAUGAAAUGGCCCACCAGUUAUAUGUGCUACAAGUUUUGACCUUUAACCUUUUGGAGGACCGCAUGAUGACAAAGAUGGAUCCUCAAGACCAGGCUCAGAGGGACAUCAUCUUCGAGCUGCGCAGGAUCGCUUUUGACGUUGAGUGUGAGUCCAACAACAGCGGCAGCAUUGAGAAGCGCAAGUCCAUGUACACCAGAGACUACAAAAAGCUGGGCUUCAUCAAUCACGUGAAUCCUGCGGUUGACUUCACUCAGAUUCCUCCUGGGAUGCUGGCUCUGGACAACAUGCUGUAUUUCGCCAGGCACCAUCAGGAUGCCUAUAUCAGGAUUGUACUGGAGAACAGCAGUCGUGAGGAUAAACAUGAAUGUCCAUUUGGGCGCAGUAGUAUUGAACUGACGAAGAUGCUGUGUGAAAUUCUCAAAGUGGGAGAACUUCCCAGCGAAAACUGUCAUGACUUCCACCCCAUGUUUUUCACCCACGACCGCUCGUUUGAGGAGUUCUUUUGCAUCUGUAUCCAGCUUCUCAACAAAACAUGGAAAGAGAUGAGAGCCACUUCUGAAGACUUUAAUAAGGUGAUGCAGGUGGUGAAGGAACAGAUCACUCGUGCUCUCACGAUCAAGCCUAACUCUCUGGAUCAGUUUAAAAGUCGUCUGCAAAAUCUGAGCUACACUGAGAUCCUCAAAUUGCGCCAAUCCGAGAGAAUGAACCAGGAGGAUUUCCAAUCCCGGCCCAUCCUGGAGCUUAGGGAGAAAAUCCAGCCAGAGAUCAUGGAGUUGAUCAAACAGCAACGCCUCAAUCGUUUGUGUGAGGGCACCUGCUUCAGGAAGAUCAGCAGCCGAAGGAGACAGGACAAGUUCUGGUACUGUCGACUGUCGCCCAAUCAUAAAGUUCUCCACUAUGGGGAUCUGGAGGAGAGCCCUCAGGGAGAGGUACCCCAUGAUUCCCUACAGGACAAACUUCCUGUGGCUGAUAUCAAAGCUGUUGUCACUGGUAAAGACUGUCCACAUAUGAAGGAAAAGGGAGCUCUGAAGCAGAACAAGGAGGUGCUGGAGCUGGCUUUCUCUGUCCUCUAUGAAUCUGAUGAGUAUCUAAACUUCAUUGCCCCUGACAAGCAUGAGUACUGCGUGUGGACAGAUGGGCUGAAUGCACUGCUGGGGAAGGAGAUGACCAGUGAGUUCACUCGCUCAGACAUGGACACUCUUCUCAACAUGGAGAUGAAGCUCCGCCUCCUGGACCUGGAGAACAUCCAAAUCCCUGAAGUUCCUCCCCCAAUCCCCAAAGAGCCAAGCAAUUAUGACUUUGUUUAUGACUGCAACUAAUUCCCUUUCACUGGACUGACUGAUUUUUCCUAAAUGCAUACUGGAAGAAGGACUUUUACAAAAAGUUAAAGAAAAGAAAAAACGGAAAUUCCUUUCAUGCUAAAACUUGGCUCUCUAGUGCACCUCAUCACAAUGGAUUUGCUGAACUUAAUGGACUUGGCUUGCACGGC